AUGGCCUCGGAACGCUUGAGCUCCAUUCUCAGUCACCUGAGAGGUAACAGCAGCGGUGUCUCCGCGAUCACCCAGAAGAACCCCGACGAUGUGGUCAUCACGCUUGCGCUGCGCACGCCCCUCACCAAGGCCUUCAAGGGCGGAUUCAAGGACACCGAGCUGGACUACAUGGUCUAUGCGUUGCUGAAGGAGCUCCUGGCCAAGUCCAAGAUCGACCCCGCUCUGAUCGAGGACGUCUGCAUGGGAAAUGUCGGCGACGGCAAGGCGGCGUACCUCGUGCGCGCCGCAUCCCUGGCCGCGGGCAUCCCGCACACCGCCGGCGCGUCGUCGGUGAACCGGUUCUGCUCGUCCGGGCUGAAGGCGGUGCAGGACAUCGCGAACCAGAUCGCACUGGGAGCCAUCGACGUGGGCGUGGCGGUGGGCGCGGAGCUGAUGUCGUACAACGGCGACCGGCUGGCGCGCCCGUUCAACGAGGAGGUGCUGCGCAACCAGGAGGCGGCCGACUGCAUGCAGCCCAUGGGCCAGACGUCGGAGAACGUCGGCGCCGACUUCAACAUCUCCCGCGAGGCCCAGGACCGCUUCGCCGCCGAGUCGUACCGCCGCGCCGAGCACGCCCAGAAGGCCGGCUGGUUCGACGACGAAAUCGUCCCCAUCACCACCAAGGUCAAGGACCCCAAGACCGGCGAGCUCAAGGAGGUCACCCUCUCCCGCGACGACGGCAUCCGCUACGGCACCACCCCCGAGAGCCUCGCGAAGAUUCGCCCGGCGUUCCCGCAGUUCGGGAACCGCAGCACCGGUGGCAACUCCAGUCAAGUGACGGAUGGAGCUGCCGCGAUCCUGCUCAUGCGCCGCUCCAAGGCCAUCGAACUCAACCAGCCCAUCCUGGCCAAGUUCUGCGGCGCCACCGUCGCCGGUGUGCCGCCGCGCGUCAUGGGCAUCGGUCCCACCGCCGCCAUCCCCAAGCUGCUGUCGCAGUUCAAGCUGACCAAGGAGGACAUUGACAUCUUCGAGAUCAACGAGGCCUUUGCCUCUAUGGCCGUGUACUGUCUGCAGAACCUGGGCCUGGACCACGCCAAGCUGAACCCGCGCGGCGGCGCCAUCGCCCUCGGCCACCCGCUGGGCGCCACGGGCGCGCGCCAGAUCUGCACCAUCCUCAGCGAGGCCCGGCGCACGAAGAAGAAGAUCCUUGUGACGAGUAUGUGCAUUGGCACGGGGCAGGGCAUGGCGGGUCUGUUUGUCAACGAGCAAGACUAA